AUGCCGAGUAACUCUUCUGUCGUAAUCAGAUUCAAGUCUUUUGACUCUUCAAUGGCUACAACUACCGACUCGUAUUUCCUGAUACAUUCGAAAGCACAAGAAGAUCCACCCUAUAUUGAGAUCUCAGUGGGAGUGAUUUUAGACAUGGGAUCAUGGGUUGGAAAGACUGUUCAUAGCUGGAUCACUAUGGCGGUAUCUGAGUUUUACAGGGUCAACAGUCACUACAAAACAAGGAUACUUCUUCACAGUAGGGAUACUCAUGGAGAACCACGGCAGGCUCUAUCUGCGGCUCUUGAUCUUCUUGAGAAAACAAAAGUGCAAGCAAUUUUAGGUUCACAAUCUUCAGCCGAAGCGAUGUUCCUGGCUGUAUUGGGGGACCAAGAAACAUUACCUAUUCUUUCACUUUCAUCAAUUCCAUCUUCUAGAAGACAUCCUUACUUCCUUCAAAUUACAGAAGAUGAAACAACUCAAGUUAAAGCCAUUGUAUCAAUGGCAUUAUCCUUUGGAUGGAAGAAUGCUAUUCUAAUCUUUGAGAACACUGAAAAUGGGAGAGACAUGGCUACAUUUAUGACCAAUUCCCUCCAAGAAAAGAGCAUAACUAUAACAUAUAUGAGCUCUAUUUCCACCUCUACUAGCAAUGAAAUUUUACAGAAAGAGCUUCACAAGUUUUCGAAUAUGCAAACAAAGCUAUUCAUCGUACAUGCUUCUCAUUCCCUUGCAUCCCACCUUUUCCAAAAUGCAAAGUAUCUAGGAAUGAUGGAUGCAGGUUACAAGUGGAUUGUCACCAGCAAGACUAUGAACCUUUUGAAUAUCAUGGAUGGUGAAGUUAUCAAGUCUAUGCAAGGGGUGGUGGGUUUUAAAUCAUAUAUCCCUCCAUCAAGGGACCUUCAGAAACUCACAUUGAAAUGGAGGAAGGAAUAUCAUGUGAUGGAGCCCAAGGAUAUAAACGCUUAUGCUAUUUCGGCGUAUGAUGGAAUUUCAGCACUGGCAAUGGCUGUUGAGAAUAUACUAUUAGAGAAGACACAGUCUGUUCUUAAGCUGAACAGAAAAGAUUUUGAAACGACUAGCUUAGCUCAAUGGGGCACAACACUUCUGAAUCAGAUGUUAAGAAUCUCAUUUGAUGGUUUAAGUGGUCAUUUUGAAUUCUUAAAUGCGACACAAGUCCUAGAAAUAAUAAAUGUGAUAGGGAAAGAGGAAGUGAAGGUUGGGUUUUGGACAAUAGAUGCUGCUUUCUCCAAAAAUAUUGGUAAGCUGAACUCUUUUCCCAAUGAUGGCCUUGAAUCUAUCAUUUGGCCAGGAGGUAUCUUGGAUAAUCCAGUGCGCAGGAUGCCACAAGUUAGUAAUAGGCGCCUAAGAAUUGGGAUUCCACUGCAAUACAGAUCAGGGGCCCUUUUUCAAGUUGAGUAUGAUGCUCAAACUAGUUCAACCGUUGUUUCAGGGUUUUGUUCAGAAGUGUUCCUAGCUGCCUUUGCUGGAUUAGACCCCAGUGUAGUCUUUCAGUUCAUUCCAUUCAAACCUAAAGCUGGAGUUGGUACAGUAAAAUACAAUGAUCUUAUAGAUCUAGUCCAUGCAGCGGAAUUUGAUGCUGCCAUCGGAGAUAUAACAAUCACAGCUAACAGAUCUCUAUAUGUCGACUUUACAUUGCCAUACACGGAUCUUGGCCUUGCAACACUAUCUCGAAAUGCAGAUAUGAAUGAUGAAUUUCAAGGUCCAAUGGUACAACAAAUAGGAGCAACCAUGUGGUUUGCCUUUUCAACCCUUGUCUAUGCUCAUAGACAGAAGCUGAAAAGUAAUCUGUCAAGAUUUGUUGUCACUGUGUGGUUGUUCGUAGUGCUCGUGCUCGUUUCUAGCUACACUGCAGCACUAAGUUCCCUACUAACCGUUGAACAGAUUCAAUUAGCUUCGAAGGGAGGCUCAGUUGGGUACCAACAUGAUUAUCCUUUGCACGGAGUUAUUGUUAGGAAUGUGAAUUUUUUAGACACAAGGUUAAAGUCAUAUCAUACAAUAGAGGAACUUGCUGAUGCUUUGUCAAAAGGGAGUAAGAAAGGUGGUGUUGAUGCAGUUAUUGAGGAAAUUCCUUACAUCAAGGAAUUCCUUGCACAAUAUCCAUUUGGCUACUCCGUGGUUGUGUCUGAAGAUGUCACUAACGGUUUUGGCUUCGUAUUUCCAAAAGGUUCACCUUUGACCCUUGAAAUCUCGACACAGAUUGCCAGAUUGCGAGAAGAUGGGACUUUACAAAAUUUACAAAGUAAAUGGUUUGGCCAAAAACCAAAUCCACAGUCAACACCUGCACCGAAGAUUUUAAACUUUAAAGGGUUGCGUGGUCUAUUUCUUAUCAGUGGGGUCUCAAUGGCAGCUGCUAUUUUCCUAUUCACGCUUUAUUACAUUCAUGAGAAAGUGCAUUAUACCUAUGCAAAGCUGACUGGAGGAAGGCUAGCAUCCAUCUUGAGAUUUCUUUUGCCUCAAAGUACCAUUGGAGUUGAAUGA